GCGGGGAAGGAGGCGCCGCCGCGGCCGCGCUUCUCCUUCCGGGCGAGGCAGGGCGGGCAGGGGCGGAGCCAAGAUGGCGGCGGGCUGGCUGUGGCGGCGGCUCUGUCAGGGAUCAGCUUUUCCUGUCAGUUAUGCAAGCAGAAUUAUGCAAAAGCAGUAUUUUCUUUUGAGCUCCAACUUGAUGGGAGCGCGGCUGGCUGGAUCCCAUGGUUAUACACAGGAGCCUAAGACUAAUCCUUUGGUGUCUAUUUCAGAUGAGCCAGAAACACUGUACAAGAGAUUGUCCAUUUUAGUUAAAGGCCACGAUAAAGCUGUGUUGGACAGCUAUGAAUAUUUUGCAGUGCUUGCAGCUAAAGAACUUGGCAUCUCUGUUGAAAAAGUAGAUAAACCCCCAAAGACAAUAGAGCGAUUUACACUUCUCAAAUCUGUACACAUUUACAAGAAGCACAGAGUUCAGUAUGAAAUGAGAACACAUUACAUGUGUUUAGAGUUAAAAUACCUAACAAGCAGUACUGCUGCAGUUUACUUGGAGUACGUGCAACGAAACUUACCUGAAGGGGUUGCCAUGGAAGUGAAAAAGACUAAGAUAGAGAAAAUACCAGAACACAUUCAGAAACCUGUUUGGGAUACACUACCUCAAGUAGAAGAAACUGAAGUAAAGUCAUGAACACACCAGGUACUUGGCUCCAUUAGUACUGAAAUUCAUUGCUCCUAUCAACUCAUUUACUGAGAUGGUCCAUUGUUAAAUAAAGGUUCUCUUAUAAAGAAAUUGUAUAAA